CACUGUCGCAGUUUUUAACUAGGUGUCUUCAGGACUUGCCUCCUAUUAAUGAUGUACAUCGAAUUGUUAAAUCAGCCUCUGAGACUCCAACUAGCAAGAAUGAAAAGGGUUUCAAGAUGUGUAUAUAGGAAGCUACAUAUACAACUAUGAAGCGAUUCACUCCCUGAUGCAUUUCUACACCGCAUCUUCGGACAUUCCCAGCUUCCCAGAGUUUAUGGUUGUGGAGAUGGUGGAUGAUGUUCAGAUGGUUCACUAUGACAGCAACAGCCAGAAAGUGGUGCCCAAACAGGACUGGAUGAAGCAGACAGACGCAGGGUUCUGGGAGAGCGAGAGAGAAAAAUUCUUUCAUUCCCAGCAGUCAUUCAAAGUUGAAGUUCAUAUUCUAAUGCAGCGUUUUAACCAAAGUGGAGGAGUCCACAUUCUCCAGUACAUCUAUGGCUGCUCAUUGGAUAAUGAGUCUGAACAGAAAGAGGGGUUUGGACAGCUCCGUUAUAAUGGGGAGAACUUCCUUGAGUACGACAUGAAUGAUUUAACUUGGAAAUCUCUUAAACAGCAAGCUGAUUUCAUGCAGGAUAAGUGGAACAGUGACUCCAGUAGACUGGUAUUCUGGAAGAUCUACUUCACCCAGACCUGCAUUGAGUGUCUGAAGAAGCAGGUGGUCAAUGGGAAGAGCAUUCUGAGGAGGACAGUCCCUCCAUCAGUGUCUCUGCUCCAGAAGACCCCCUCCUCUCCAGUGACCUGCCACGCUACAGGUUUCUACCCCAGUGGAGUCAAGGUAGUCUGGAUAAAAGAUGGACAAGAACACCAUGAAGAUGUGGAGUAUGGAGAGACUCUCCAAAAUGAUGAUGGAACCUUCCAGAAAAGCACCCACCUCACAGUGAAGCCUGAGGAGUGGAAGAACAACAAGUAUCAGUGUGUGGUUCAGGUCACUGGUAUCAAGGAGGACUUCAUCAAGGUUCUGACUGAGUCUGAGAUCCAGACCAACAGGGGUGACCCAGCCCCCAAUUUUGUCCCCAUCAUUGGCGGGGUGGUGGCUCUCCUCCUGGUCGUUGUUGUUGUUGUUGUUGUUGGGGUCGUCAUUUGGAAGAAGAGGAGUAAGAAAGGCUUUAUUCCAGCCAGCACUUCAGACAGUGACUCUGAGAACUCUGGGAAAGGUGCCCAGAAGAUUUGAUAAACCUCUGCACUUCUGUAACAUCAGAGUAAGUCACUUAAGGUGUCCUCAUAUUAAUGACCAAACUAGAGAAACAACCACUACCAUUAUGGAACACACGGCUACUGUUUAGAAUGGGUUUAUGUGUGUAACCUCUCUAUUCUCAUGUGUUUUAGGAAGCAACAAACUUCUCAAAAACAUAACAUAUAUACGUAUACUUACACACAUAUCAGUCACACCCACUCCAUAUAUACUGAACAAAAAUAUAAACGCAACAAUUUCAAAGAUUUUGCUGAUUUUAAAGUUCAUAUAAGGAA